AUGGCCGUUGACAUAAUAAACACCUCGUUGUCAGCAAACGACGCCCGCAUUCUAAACGCGCUUUUCGAUCCCGAGACUCUCCCAUCGUCAGUCGCGAAGUCAAAAGAUGCGUCCGCGAUAGACGAAUCAAUCUCACCUCACCCUACCAUAUCUUCCUCGCAACUGUCCAUCCUCGAAACUCAACAAAACCAAAUCGUCCAACGAGCAUCGAGUGACUCAAGUAGCACAUCUAUCGACUUAGCAAUAAGAAGUCUAAACGAUAUCAUCACAUCGAACCCAACAUAUCCAAGCGCUUUCGUUAACCGGGCCAUGUUGCAAAGACUGAAGAUAGAAGCAUCGCUACCGACCGAUCAAAACAUUUUCUCCGCGCCGGGACCGGACAUCGAAAUGAUUUUCACAGACCUAGCACACGCCAUUCUUCUUUCACUGCCUACAGCUGCACCAAUAGCACCGGUAUCAUCAUAUCAGGCGCGCAUAUUACGGACAGCAUACUCCCAUCGUGCUUUCUUGUACCUAAAAGCAAGCGAAACAGGAACAGAACUAAGAGGAAUGGAUAAGAGCGAGUUAGAAGAGCUGGCAUCGAAGGACUUUGCAGCAGCUGCGCGGUUUGGCGAUGAGGCUGCAAGAGAAAUGAGCGUUCGAACAAACCCGUAUGCGAAAAUGUGUGGAGCCAUUGUGAAGAACGCUUUGAGGGAAGAGAGGAAGGGAGAAAUGGCAUAG